GUCACCGAGCGGCCAAGUCCUGCCUCGCAGCUCAGCCAGAAGCGUCAAAAACCCAGCCAUGCAUCGCUUCUGUCCUGGCCGAGGCUCUGCUUAAGUGAACGCCGACCAGGCUGGCUGCCAAAAGAGCCCGGAGCAGCCGCGUGCGCCUGAUGAUCGGGGUGCAGGGGGGUCACUUGCUUGCCAGGCGUCGCAAGAUCCCUGGGGCCGAGUUUCCCGGUCUCCUUUCCCCCGGCAAGAAUUGGAAAUGAUCGCAGCUGGGAAAUUUGCAAGUCUCCCAAGAAAUAUGCAGAUGAACCAUGAGUUCUCACUGGCCUCUUCUAUGGACCUUUUGAGUAGCAAACCAUCUCUGGCCACUGAACGUCGCUCAAAUGCCUGCAGUGAUGUGUCUAUUCAUGGCACCCUUCCAAGGAAGAAAAAAGGAACCAUUCCUGUUGGAUCCUAUGACACCUUUAGCCACAUGGGAACUUUGCCCCACUCCAAAGCGCAUCGAACUCAAGGACCUUUGAUUCAAGAUGUCAUAGAGGAGUAUCCCCAGAAAAAUUGGAAGUAUGACAGUUUCCACCACAGAGAUCAGAAUACUAUGGAUCCAGCUAUGGAGUAUGUAAAGUUUUCAAAAGAGAGACAAAUCAUGGACCGGCAGAUUAUGGACAGUUCCCCAGAAAAACUGAAGAAAGAGCUGGAAGAAGAGCUGCAGAUGAGCAGUGAAGAUUUGCGCAGCCACGCCUGGUAUCACGGACGUAUUCCACGACAGGUGGCUGAAAGCCUGGUUCAGAGAGAUGGAGAUUUCUUGAUUAGAGACUCUCUCUCCAGCCCUGGAAAUUUCGUCCUUACCUGUCAGUGGAAAAACAUCUCCCAGCACUUCAAGAUCAAUAAAACCAUCUUGAGGCUCAACGAAGCUUACUGCCGCGUCCAGUACCGCUUUGAAGAUGAGAGUUUUGACAGCAUCCCGGGGCUGGUUCGGUGCUAUGUGGGAAACCGCAGGCCAAUAUCAAAGCAGAGUGGAGCGAUUAUAUUCCAGCCCAUCAACAGGACUGUUCCGUUGAGGUGUCUGGAGGAGAAAUAUGGCAUCUCUCCAGUCCUGCAAAGAGAGGGCAGUGUUUCUGAAGGACAAGGAGAAACUCCGAAAAGGCUGAGCCUUAACAUGUGCAAUCGCCAGGCCAGAGAGCAGAACUCAAUCCGAGGAAACCUUUUAAGAAACAAGGAAAAAAGUGGUAGCCACCCGGCAUGUUUGGACCACAUGCAGGAGAAGAGAUUCCCCCUGAAGGCUCACCAGUCAGAAAGCUAUCUGCCAAUAGGUUCAAGGUAUCCAUCUCAGGGAACCGAGAUCGAAAGCAGCCCUUGUCCAAAGUCUCCGGCAUUCCGAACUGGCAGCGAACCGGCUCUGAGCCCCCUGGUCUUCCGGAGAUUCGCCUCCGAGUUGCAAAUCAGCGAUGUUCUCCGGGGUUCCGACAGCCAGCUGUACCCUAAGCCUCCACCCAAGCCCAGCAAAGUGCCCUUUCUGAGGCCACCACAGGGUCCGGAGGCCCUGUACUGCGAACUGAAUGCGGCCAUUCCCACAGACGGCUGGGCGCCAAAGCAGCCUUUGUGUCAGAAGAACAGCUUUGUCGGGCAACUGACAACACAGGAGAAUGGCACACAUUCAUCCAGGCAUCCUGAAAUGAGCCACUUGAUUCUGGACGACCAGGAUUCUUUGCUGAGCUCUGUGGACCUGCCUGCAGCCCAGAUGGAGAUGAGCAAAGAGAGCUGCAUCUUUGUCGCGCCCGUUCUCGAGAUGGUCUCUGGUUUCAGGCCGAACGAUUUUGAGUCGAAACUCCUUCCACUGGAAAACAAGCCCUUGGAGACAGCAAUGCUGAAGAGGGUGAAGGAGCUGUUCACUAACAACCAUGCGAAGGUCAUCGCUCGGCAUAUGCUUAGGAUGGACUGCAAGGUUGCUAGGAUACUAGAGGUCUCCGAAGAGAUGAGGAGGAUUAUGGGAGUGAAGUCAGGCCUGGAACUUAUUACAUUGCCAUAUGGACACCAACUGCGCCUUGACAUAAUUGAAAGACACAACACUAUGGCGAUAGGAAUAGCAGUGGAUGUCCUCGGCUGCACAGGAAACUUAGAAGAGCGAGUUGCUACGCUAAACAGGAUCAUCCAGGUGGCUGUGGAACUCAAAGACUCCAUGGGGGAUCUAUAUGCAUUCUCAGCUAUAAUGAAAGCCCUCGAGAUGCCUCAGGUUGCAAGGCUGGAGCAAACGUGGACCACUUUGAGACACUGCUACACACAAACCGCCAUUACGUACGAGAAGCAGCUGAAACCGUUCAGCAAAGCCUUACAUGAAGGAAGAGAGACCACCUGCGUUCCACAAAAUGUCGUCACUGUGCCCCUGCUGAUGCCGCUGGUUCAUCUGCUGGAGCGCCAGGCUGUUGUGUUUGAUGGGAUGGACGUGUGGGAGAACACGGACCACAGCUGCGAAAUAAUGCUGAAACACUUGGCCACUGCUCGCCUGAUAGCGCAAAAUGCCAAUCUCUACGCCACAAAUGCAGAAAGGAUACUAGCAGAUUUUCAGCCAGAUGAUGAAAUGAACGAGAUCUUGAAAACGGAAUUCCAAAUGAGAUUGCUCUGGGGCAGCAAAGGAGCACAGGUUAACCAAAGUGAAAGAUAUGAGAAAUUCAACCAGAUUUUAACUGCACUGUCCCGAAAAUUAGAACCCCCUCAAACAAAGCAGACGGAGCAGUGAAAUGUCUAAUGAAUUCUCAAAUGCAGUUAAUUCAAUAUGUUACUUAAGAGAAAACACUGUAAAAUAAGGCUGUGCCAAAUGUUUGCCCCCUUUUUUUUUUUUAGGGUAAGAAGAUAGCUUUGGGGAGGCAAAAAAAAGUGUUUUUUUUAACAAAAUACUUUUUGAGGAAAGUUUGCUGCCUGUUCAUUCCCUGAUCUGCUGCUGGUUUGGCACAUUUUUAAAAAAUUGCAUCUUCUUCUUGGAAAUAAUGAUCCCAGUCAACCAGGGAUCAUAUAGUGAAUACGAUCACAUGACACACAUAGCCAACUGGGAAUGAGAGCAAUGCUCUUUCUGGAUCAUGGUUGUCCUCAUUCUUAAUGGUAAACACUUCCAUACCAUUUCAAAGCAACCCCUGAAAAGGGGGGGGGGGACGUUGCCACUGCCCAGAAAAUUCCCAAGUUGCCCCCUCCUUUUUUAAUGCUCUGCUGUCAAAAGUAUAGCAUCUACAGAGACUUUGGGAUUUGUAAAUUGUACUAUGUGCAUUUAUUUAUGAGUUACCUAAUAAGAAUGACUACUGAUUUAUAAAGUAAUCUUUAUUUAUUGGUUUUGUUACCUGUCAUGAACUCACGAUCAACGAAGACACUGCCCAUUACAGAAAGUAUUGCAGACAGUGGUUUUAUUAGAUUUUUAGUCUUGCAGCCAAUAAUUUUAUUAACAAACUGUAAUGUAAAUAUGAGUAAAGAUGAAAGAAUGGCUUUGCAGAAGAUAUCAGUUGUAUGAUAUCCCUUAAAUGGAUAUGGGAGAUUGUAUAUACACUUGU